CAGACGGAUAAUCGCGCAGAGAUCAGUAUAUUUGGUGAACAUUCGUAUAAAAAUAUAAAAUCGGGCGUUAUAACCUGUGAAAGAUGUGGAAACGAAGUUUCAAAAGACUACAUAAUGGAAGCUGUGAGUGGUAUGCGAUUUAUCGAUAAGAUUAUUGAGGAUAGGGAGGUGGAACAGAUGCCAAAGAAAACGCGAGUGGAAUUUCUGGAGGACCUGUUGGAGCGGUUUUCAAAAAUUUUAUCCGGUUGCAAUAUCUACUUGUGUAGAUUAAUUCAGAAUCUUAUUCCACUGACUGCUCCGGAUAACAACGAAGAACUUCUCCGAUUACAUCUUCGCUCUGAAACUUGUGUUCGACGUUGUUUCCCACAGAAUCAUCCGGCAAUCGCAUUUCAUUUGAGGAAUAUUGGUAUAUUUCUAAAUAAUUUAAACCGGUACGAGGAAGCACUGAAGUAUUUCCGUGAAGCACACGAUAUUAUG